CUUCAAUCUAUCGAUCUCUUCCAUUGAUCGCCCCCAGCUCCACCUUUGAUUCUCUUUUCCCCUCCCCGCAGUUUCCUGUACAAAUAUAUACAUACCACAUUACCUUGUCUUCCCCAUACUUUCCCCACAUCUCUCGAAAAUAUUCUUAUAUAGGUACUCUUCUGUCGUGGAGGCCAAAAAUCAAGGACAAAAGAGAAAAAAAAAAAAAAAAAAGGGAGGCACUAGUAGUUUGGAAAAGAGAACAUCAAAAAACUCACAAUGCGUCACUUCGAUGCCUGGUUACUGCGAGAUCCUUACUCCAUCUUCCACUACUACUCCACAGGACGAAGAUGGCAAGAGACUGUGCGUGAUUUGAUUCAAGAGCGCAAGAUCUGUGCGCCCUCCGUGGAUAUCUCUUCACAGGCCUCCUCCACAUCAUCUAAACCAGUUGAUCCAUAUGCCCGGCCCAUGGCAUCCCAAUCCGAGAGCCUAUUCUUCCGCAAGCUGCCUGCCGAAAUCCGUCUCAUAAUCUACAACUAUGCCUUCGGCGAUGAAGCAAUCCACUUAGUCCAGCUGAAGGGCAAGAUCCGCCACGUCCGGUGCAAACACGCCUCGUCGUCGCUCGACCGCAACCGCCGCUGCUGCCCGGUUACCCCAGCCCGCUGGCGGGUCCAGGAUAACCGGACUGCAGGCCACUCCGACAGCGUGCUCUACCCGCACACGCACGCCUCCCUCCCAGCGGCCCUGAGCAACUCAUCGGUGGCAUUGCUGCGCACCUGUCGCGCCAUCUACACCGAAGCAGCCGACAUCCUGUACGCCAACGCCGUCUUCGACGUAGACGACCUCCACACCUUCAUCGCCUUCUCUCUCAUCGUCUGUCCGGAGCGGCUCCGCUCCAUCAAGCGCCUCACCGUCCAAUGGAUGCCCAUCUGGCAGCCCAUGGCCGGACAGGAGCACAAAGCCUCCAUCUAUUCCCAUACCCACAACGACCGCCUCUGGGCGCUUUUCUGGACCCGGAUCGCCGCCCUCCGCGGCCUCGAGCAGCUCCAUCUGAGCCUGGAUCUGGGCCGCUUCAGCGGGAACGCCCUGGGCGGGGUGAUCGGCGGGAAACGCUUGCGCCUGGCUAUCGACGAGCCCUGGGUUUCCCCGAUGUUCUGUGUCCGCGGCCUCAAGUCGUUCGAGUUGGGCAUCACGGCCCGCUGCGACGCUUACGCCAAGAGAGUGAUGGAGCAAGACCUGUGCCGGGAUGCAAUGGCUCUGCGAGAUGCUCUCCGUGAGCGUAUGUGCUCCCCGCGUGGCCAGAUACCCAUCGUAGCUGGUCUUCAGAUGAAGAGGGCGUGUGGCAUGGAGGCGGAGGUGCGCGACGUUCCGGAGAGGAAAAUGCGGCCGCGCCUUGCGAUCACGGCUGCUUGAGCAUUUGGCAUCGCCCCCUCAAACACUUUUGCUUAUAUCAAGAAGUAAAAGAAUACGCAUAUCAAACUUACUAAUGGAGGCCAAGGCUCGCGGUAGAAUAUGACGCGUUAUAGUCACCGACCAAGAACAGCAAAAAGAGAACAGCGCAGCAAUUUACAAUUUAAGAAUGAGAUACCCUUGAUGCUUGCAUUUGUGAUUAGUUUUCAUUUUCCUAUUCUUGCUUCCUGGUUGUCCACAUCUUGUUAUGAUUGUACAAGUUAGAGAGAUGGCCUAAAUUAGAUUUUG